AUGUCAUCUACUAAUACUACGGCCGUGCUAAACCAUUUACUCACAACAACUCUCGCUUUCACUCACUCUCUUUCUCUCUAUCUCUAUCUCUCUCCCUCUCCAUCUCUUUCCUAUGACUCUUUCUACAUCUUGCCACUUUCAAACUCAACUCAUCAGUUCUAUUUCGCUCUACCGAUUUCUCUAAAACGAGUCCAAUUUUUUCUCCAUUCUGACCCGCUUCAAAUUUUAACAACAUCUCACCGUCUCUCUCUCUCAUUCUCCCUCCUAACACUUCUUUUUUACCGUCCUGACCCCACUUUCAUAUUCUACCUGCGUGUAGCUGGCGUUCUUUUCUGUUCAAAGACUCUUCCUCUCCCUAAAUAUUCUACUUUCUCUUCCUUUCUAGAAACACUUCCUCUCCCUAAAUAUUCUACUUUCGAUUCAUUUCCCGAAGCACACUUCCUCCCCCUUAAUAUUCUACUUUCUCUUCCUUUCUCGAAACACUCUUCUUUUCCUAAAUAUCCUACUUUCUCUUCAAACACACUUCCUCUGCCUAAAUAUUCUACUUUCUCUUCCCUUUCCCAAAAUAUUCUUCCUCUCCCUAAAUAUUCUACUUUCUCUUCCUUACCCGAAACCCUCUUCCUCUCCCUAAACAUUCUUUGUAAACAUUUUUCCUCUCCCUCAAUAUUCUACUUUCUCUUCCUUUCCCGAAACCCUUUUCCUCUCCCUAAAUAUUCUUUCUGUUCCUUUCCCGAAACAAUCUUCCUCUCCCUAAAUAUUCUACUUUCUCUUCCUUUCCAGAAACAAAACACUCUUAUUCUACCUAAAUAUUCUAUUUUACCUUCCUUUCCCGAAACACUCUACCUCUCCCUAAAUAUUCUUUCUGUUCCUUUCCCGAAACAAUCUUCCUCUCCUAAAUAUUAUUUAUGUUCCUUUCCCGAAACACUCUUCCUCUCCCUAAAUAUUCUACUUUCUCUUCCUUUCCCGAAACACUCUUCCUCUCCCUACAAAUUCUACUUUUUCUUCCUUUUUACUCUUACUCUCACUAAACAUCCUACUCUCUUUCCUUUCCAGAAACUCUUUCCUCUCACUCUCUCUCUUCCCCCCAAAACACGCUUCCUCUCAAAACACUCUUUCCAGAAACAUCCUCUCUCUUCCUUUCCAGAAACUCUUUAUUCCUUAAAUAGUCUACUCUCUUCCUUCCCAAACACGCUUCCUCCAUCUACUCUCUCUUCCCUUCCCAAAACAUUCUUCCUCUCAGUAAAUAUUAUUUCUGUUCCUUUCCCGAAACACACUUCCUCUCCCUACAAAUUCUACUUUUUCUUCCUUUUUAGAAACACUCUUACUGCCCCUAAACAUUCUACUCUCUCUUCCUUUCCAGAAACUCUUUUCCUCACCCUAAAUAAUCUACUCUCUCUUCCCUUCCCAAAACACGCUUCCUCUCAAAACACUCUUCCUCUCCCUAAAUAUUCUACUUUCUCUUCCUUUCCAGAAACUCUUUUCCUCUCCCUAAAUAUUCUACUCCCUCUUCCUUUCCCAAAACACGCUUCCUCUCAACACUCUUCCUCUCUUUAUAUAGUCUUCGUUCUCUUCCACUCUCUAAACACACUUUCUCUCCUCUAUCGAAAUAUUUUAGCCUUUAUCUCCCUAGAUAUUUGCCUGAAAUCUUUUCGCGUUCAGUUCAUUUCGUUCAUCAAUUUUGCCUUUUUGGAUUUUCGACCUUCUUCUCCUUUUUUCGCUUUCGUUCUUUCUUUCUUUCUUUUUUUGAUUUUCCGAUCUUCUUGCCUGUUUCCUUUUACCUCCCCACCCCAAUCACCGCUUAUUCUCUCUUUAAACACGUUUUCUUUGUCGCUUGCUUUUGUUCGUUCUUCCCUCUUCUUACCCCUCUUUAUUUCACUUUCUAAUAUUUCCUCUCUCUCUCUCUCUCGCUCUCUCUCUCUCGCUCUCUCUCUCUCUCUCUCUCUCUCUCUCUCUCUCUCUCUCUUCAUAUCACUUUCUCACACAUACACACAGAUUGAAUAUUGCAUAAGCAUAUUCCAUGUAAUAUUUCCGGUUCUUUUCUUCAUGACACAGAUUUCUGUUUGGAUUUUACUUUCCCUGUCAUAUUUCUCUCCUCCUCUUCUUCUUCUCCCCCUUCUCUCUUUCUCUCUCGUUUUGUUCUCUUUUUCUAUAUCUGUGAACGCAUCGUUCUCUUUACUCUUCUUUCUUCUUUUGCACCUCACUCUCUUUUCAUUUUUUUCUCUCUUCCUUCACCUUCACUCUUUAGUUCUUCUUAUAUUUCUUUCUCUCUUCCUAAAAUUCACUUCAUCCUUUCUUAUAUUUUCUUCUCUCUUUUCCGAUCUUUCUCAAAUAAUAUCACAAGCAAAAACCUUCUUCUCAAUGUAG